ACACUUUCUCUUCUCAACCGCGCUUGGAAGUCCGGAUUCGACGUUCUCAUGCUCACCACCGACACCUGGCAGCUGGGCUGGCGUCCCACAGAUAUCAACAUCGCCAACUACACGCACGUCCAUGCCUUCUCUUCUGACGUGCUUACGUUCUACUAUCCUGGCACGCCGGGCAACGAACUUGGCGAGUCCGACCCAGCUUACAUGGCCAAGCACCACGACGACCUCGCGCAGGACAAAGGCCACUGGAUCGACUCAAGCGUCUGGCACGGCAAGCCGCACACGUGGGAGAAGGUCCGCUGGCUUAUUGGCGAAUGGAAGAAGAUCUCGGACGGCCGCCCGUUCGUGCUGAAAGGCAUUCAGAGCGUUGCGGACGCAAACCGUGCUCUCGAGAUAGGCUGCGAUGGCAUCGUGGUCACGAAUCACGCCGGCCGCCAAGUUGACGGCGCGGUCGGGAGCUUGGACGUUCUCCCGGAGAUCGCGGAGGCUGUCGGGGACAAGAUGACCAUCAUCUUCGACUCGGGCAUCCGCACGGGGUCGGAUGUCUUCAAGGCGAUCGCUCUCGGUGCGCACGUCGUCAUGAUCGGCCGCCUGUUCGUGUGGGGCAUGUCGCACGAAGGCGUGCACGGGUGCAGGCACGUCAUCAAGAGUCUUCUCGCCGACCUGGAUAUCCUUAUGACCGUCGCGGGAUACCGCUCGAUCACCGAGGACGUCUAUAAGAACAAGGAGGCCUUGCGAUACUCCCCGAGCGGCGUGCCUCCGGGUCCGGCUGAGCAUGCGAGAUUGUAA